AUGCUGCUGUCAUUCUCCUCCUCCGCCACCUCCGUCACUGCCAAUGGCAAUUCCGCCGCUUCUCUCCAACGCUUCCCUUCUUCUUCUUCUUCUUCUUCUUCGUCGUCCUCAAGGUAUCUCCAAAACCACCUGCUAGGCUGCGGAGCCGCCGUCGUGGACUUUUUGGCGGCAGUUGCUGCUUUUCCAAACCCGGACGACAAAAUCAGGACCACUAGUCUUAAGGUCCAGGGCGGCGGAAAUGCUGGCAAUGCCCUCACCUGUGCAGCUCGUUUGGGUUUAAAUCCCAGGCUCAUCUCUAAGGUUGCUGAUGACAGUCAAGGUAGGGGGGUUUUGACGGAACUGCAGGCCGAUGGUGUCGACACUUCUUUCUUUGUUGUCGCCAAAGAAGGCAAUUCACCCUUCACGUAUGUAAUCGUUGACGAACAAAUGAAAACUCGAACCUGCAUUCAUACUCCGGGAUACCCCCCCAUGAUACCGGACGAUCUUUCUCAAUCCAGUAUAUCUUCAGCAUUAAACGGAGCUACGCUGGUCUAUUUUGAUGGGAGGUUGCAUGAGACUGCUUUAGUUAUUGCACAAGAGGCAACUCGCAAGAACAUACCUAUUCUGAUUGAUGCAGAAAAGAAAAGAGAAGGGCUAGAUGACCUUGUUAACUUGGCUACUUAUGUUGUAUGCUCAGCCAAAUUCCCUCAGGCAUGGACUGAGGCAGCAACCAUUCCAAGUGCCCUUGUUGCUAUGCUUUUAAGACUCCCUAAGCUAAAAUUUGUUAUUGUAACCCUGGGUGAAGAUGGAUGCAUAAUGCUUGAAAGAUGGUCAGAUGAGGUUUCUUUAUCUGAAGAGAUUGAUGUAGAUAGGUUACUGCAGUCACUGGAACACCGAAAGAAUGUUGGAACAGUCAUACCAACGUGUAUUUCUUCGCCGCUGACUAGGAUAAGAGCAAAAGGAAUCGGCACCAUCAGCGGCAGAUUGUUUGUGGGGACUGCUGAAAAGAUACCGCCAGCUGAACUUCUUGAUACAACUGGUGCUGGGGAUGCGUUUAUUGGAUCGGUACUUUAUGCCAUCUGCGCCAACAUGCCACCGGAGCGAAUGUUGCCCUUUGCUGCUCAAGUGGCAGGUGCUGGGUGCAGAGGUCUGGGAGCUCGAACUGCUCUUCCACGCCGCACAGAUCCACGCUUGGUACCCUUUUUGCUGUAA